CGCAGGAGUCUUUGACCUCCUUUUCCAGAGUUCCAGAAUGGAGACUGAAGAGUUCCUAGAGGCACAAAGAAAUAGAGAAGUCCAGAAUGGUAAAAUGAGGUCACCAUCAAAUGAGAUGAUGACUGAGGAGCCAGAAGCUGUCCUAAUAUUGGCUCCCCAGGUCCAGGCUCCCCGAGAGCCAUCUGGGCUUCCACAAGAGAGACUUGAUGAAGACUCUCUCGAAGACCUUGAGACCAUGCCACGAAGGAAUCCUCCCAAUGCGGCAGCCUCCACGCAGAGGUUCCGGAAAUUCUGCUAUGAAAAUGGAGUUGGGCCCAGGGAUGUCUUCAGACAUCUGAAGUUUGCCAGACAGUGGCUGAGACCCGAUAUUCACACAAAGGAGCAGAUUGUGGACAUGCUGACACAGGAGCAGUUCCAGGCUGUCCUGCCUGAGGAGCUCAGAGCUCAGGCUCAGAGAGGUCAGCCUGGGGUCAGAAUCACUGGCUAA